AUGUAUAACAAACAAGAAUAUGCUGUAGUUUCACAAACUUCGCCUUCGGAUGCAACUAACAAAUAUUGUAAUGUAAGAAUACUCGUAUUUGGACUACAAAUAUAUAAAGAGAUAACUAAAACUAUACUAAAGAAAAAUUAUCCACGAUGUGUUAAACCUCUUAGUGAUCUUAGCAAUUAUUCAUAUAGAAAUAGAACUAAAAGAGUAGCAAAAAGUUUAUUUAAUGAUUUUGAAUCAAAAAAAAAUAAAAUUUGGAAUCUGAAAAAUAAUUCUAAGUUUAAAGAAACAGUAAUAGAGGCAGAUAAACAGCCAUGGUUAAUAAAGUUUGAUAAGGAUCAACAAUUAGAAAAAAAUAAGGCACAAAAAAUAGUUCAAACAAUAAAUCAUUCAAAUAUUUUACGAAAAGGAUAUAGAGCACUGACAAUCACUUCAUAUGAUUUACUGAAAGAAUGGUUAGUUAGUAGGGAAAAGCAUAAGAUUGACAAAAUAAUGCAAAAGUAUAUUCCAUUAUUAGAAUUUGGCAUAAAGACGCAAAUGCAAGAUGACAAUUCAAAUAAUUUUAAUGAAUCUAAUGAUUCAGAUGAUUCGGACGAAUUGGACGAAUCAGAUAAUUUAGAUAAUGAAAAGGUUACAAAUAUAUUAGAAAAGG